UUUGAAUGUUUCUGUGUGAAGUUCUCUGAGACCGGCUGCUGGAUGCUGAGAGGCGCGCUCGUGGAAGUUGCGACAUGAAUACAGUGAUCUAUGAUGAUGUGCAUGUGAGCUUCACUCAAGAAGAAUGGGCUUUGCUGGAUCCUUCACAGAAGAGUCUCUACAAAGAUGUGAUGCUGGAGACCUACAGGAACCUAACUGUUUUAGGCUACAAUUGGGAAGACCAUAAUACUGAAGAACAUUGUCAACAUUCUAAGAAACAUGGAAGGCAUGAAAGAAAUCAUACUGGAGAGAAAGCUUCUGCGUUUACUCGGUGUGAUAAAGCUUUUGCAUGUCAUAGUUGUCUUCAAAGGGAUGAAAGAAUUCAUACUGGAGAGAAACCUUGUGAAGUCAUCCAAUAUGGCACAGUCUUUGCACAACACAGUGAUCUCCAAAAAUUUAACAGAACACUUACUGGAGAGAAACCCUACAAAUGUAAUGAAUGUGGUAAAACCUUUGCCUAUCAUAAAUCUCUUCAAAGACAUAACAAAACACAUUCUGCAGAGAAACAAAAAUUUAACAGAACACUUACUGGAGAGAAACCCUACAAGUGUAAUGAAUGUGGUAAAACCUUUGCCUAUCAUAAAUGUCUUCAAAGACAUAACAAAACACAUUCUGCAGAGAAACCCUAUGAAUGUAAUCACUGUGGUAAAGCCUUUAUACAUCAUUCUGCUCUCCAAUAUCAUAAAAGGACACAUUCUGGCGAGAAACCCUAUAAAUGUAACCAAUGUGGUAAAGCCUACUCACGACAAGGUCAUCUCCAAAUACAUAAACGAACACAUACUGGAGAAAAACCCUAUGAAUGUGAUCUCUGUGGUAAAGCCUUUGCACAUUACAAUAGUCUUCAAGUCCAUAACAGAACACAUACUGGAGAGAAACCCUAUGUAUGUAAUCAAUGUGGUAAAGCCUUUUCGUGUCUGACUGNUCUCCAAUAUCAUAAAAGAACACAUACUGGAGAGAAACCGUAUGAAUGUAAUCAAUGUGGUAAAGCCUUUACAUGUAAUAAUGGUCUCCAAUAUCAUAAAAGAACACAUACUGGAGAGAAACCCUAUGAGUGUAAUCAAUGUGGUAAAGCCUUUACAUAUAAUACUGGUCUCCAAUACCAUAAAAGAACACAUACUGGAGAGAAACCGUAUGAAUGUAAUCAAUGUGGGAAAGCCUAUAUAUGUCAUACUCAUCUCCAAUAUCAUAAAAAAACACAUACUGGAGAGAAACCCUAUGAAUGUAACCAAUGUGGCAAAGCAUUUGCAUAUCGUGAUUCUCUUCAAAAACAUAAAAGAACACAUACUGGAGAAAAGCCCUAUGGAUGUAACCAAUGUGGUAAAUCCUUUGCAGAUCAAAGUUAUCUUCAAAAGCAUAAAAGAACACAUACUGGAGAAAAACCGUAUGAAUGUAAUCAAUGUGGUAAAGCCUAUUCACAACAUAGUCAUCUCCAAAUACAUAAACGAACACAUACUGGGGAAAAACCAUAUGAAUGUAAUCAGUGUGGUAAAGCCUUUUCACAAGUCAGUCAUCUUCAAAUACAUAAAAGAAUACAUACUAAAGAAAAGAAUGUAUGAAUAUAAGCAUUGAAGUAAAGCCUUUGCUUGCCAUGGUUUACUUUGAAGGCUUAAAACAAUACUGGAGAGGAACUUUAUAAAUGUUAAGCAACGUGAUUAAAUCCUUUGCUUCUCAUGCCAACUUCAAAGACAUGAAAUAAUUUAUACUGAAGAGAAUCUUUCUAAAUGUCAUUAAUGUGGUAAAGCCUUUGCAUUUGAUGAUUAUCUCCAAAGACAGAAAAGAACACAUACUGGAGAAAAACCCUGUGAAUGCAACCAAUAUG